GCGUUCUUCAAUCGAGCUGAUUCGAUUAUCGAACUUGCCAUUGCUCGUCAUUGCUCAUCAUGAGCUCAGUGUCAGUUGUUAGGUGUUUCUGACAUCUAGAGAAGUUUAGUCUGGCGAAAUGUUGAGAUUACCGGUCGUGCGGGCCACAGGCCUGGCAGGUGGAAGGCUCUGCGCUGCUGCUGCUAAGGUAGGAGUUGAAAUACCAAGAUUUUGCUAUCAUGAACGUCUUGCUAUAGCUGGAAAUUGCAGAAUGUGUCUUGUCGAAAUAGAGAAGCAAGUCAAGCCAGUUGCUGCAUGCGCUAUGCCAGUAAUGAAAGGUUGGAGAGUGAAAACUAACUCUAACUUGACAAGGAAAGCUCGCGAAGGUGUUAUGGAAUUUCUUUUAGUUAACCAUCCAUUAGAUUGUCCAAUCUGUGAUCAAGGUGGAGAGUGUGACUUACAAGAUCAAAGCAUGGCUUUUGGAAGUGAUAGGAGCAGGUUUGUCGAUAUUAACUUCUCUGGAAAGAGAGCAGUAGAAGACAAGGACAUUGGGCCGUUAAUUAAGACGAUUAUGACGCGCUGCAUUCAUUGUACAAGAUGCAUUCGAUUUGCUUCGGAGAUAGCUGGUAUUGAUGACUUGGGUACUACUGGUCGUGGCAAUGAUAUGCAGGUUGGAACAUAUGUCGAGAAAAUGUUCUUAUCAGAGUUGUCUGGCAAUAUCAUCGAUCUCUGUCCAGUGGGUGCACUGACUAGUAAGCCUUAUGCGUUUGUUGCUCGUCCAUGGGAAACACGUCGUACUGACAGUAUUGACAUUCACGAUGCUGUUGGUAGUAACAUAGUUAUCUCACACAGAACUGGUGAAGUCUUAAGAAUACUACCAAGAGUGAAUGAGGAGGUGAACGAGGAGUGGCUCUCAGAUAAAGCACGAUUCUCAUAUGACGGACUCAAGAGACAAAGACUCAUUACACCAAUGAUAAAGAUCAAUGGAAAAUUGCAAGCUGUAGAUUGGGAAGACGCACUUAUUGCUGCUGCUAAACCUCUGACGAAUAUAUCAGCGGAUGAAUGUGCUGCAAUUGCUGGAAAAUUAGUAGAUGCGGAAGCUCUUAUUGCCAUGAAAGAUUUGGUGAACAAAUUAGGCAGCGAAGGUUUAGCUACGGAACAAUGCUUCCCGAAAGAUGGCUCGGGCAUUGAUCUCAGGAGCAGUUAUCUUUUAAACAACACUAUUGCCGCAGUUGAAGACGCGGAUGUUGUAGUAUUGAUUGGUACGAAUCCAAGAUAUGAAGCGCCACUAAUAAAUACACGUCUUAGAAAGGGCUAUUUACAUGGUGAACAAACAAUUGCGCUUAUUGGCCCGGAUGUAGAUUUAACAUAUGAACACGAGCACUUAGGAGAAUCUUUCGAUGUAAUAACGAAAUUACGGACCGGCUCACAUCCAUUCUGUGCGACUCUGAAAGAGGCUAAAAAACCACUUGUUAUUUUGGGCGCCGAUCAGUUAACUCGAAAGGACGGAGCUAAGAUUCUUUACGAAACGCAAAGUUUAGCUAAGGCUCUAGGAGAUAACUCAAAAGCUCCUCAGGAUUGGAAGAUCUUAAAUAUAUUGCAUACAAAUGCUUCUCAAGUCGCCGCCUUAGAUAUUGGCUAUGGUUCGACUGUAGAAGAGAUUAAGGAACAACAACCGAAAGUUCUAUUCCUUUUGGGUGCUGAUGAUGCAAAUAUUAAAAAAGAAGAUUUUCCAAACACAUUUAUCAUUUACAUAGGAAGUCACGGUGAUGCUGGAGCAGCAAUUGCAGAUGUUAUACUAGCUGGAGCAGCAUACACCGAAAAAGUCGCAAGUUACGUCAACACAGAAGGUCGCUCCCAACAAACGUGUGCUGCGAUUACACCACCUGGCUUAGCACGUCCAGAUUGGAAAAUUAUUCGUGCUCUUUCUGAAAUGAUCGAUGUUACAUUGCCCUAUGACAAUCUGAAUGAAAUUAGAUCCAGACUUGAAGAAGUUGCACCUCAUCUGAUGAGAUAUGGCAAUGUUGAACCAGCUAAUUUCUUCACUCAAGCUUUGGAAAUAGCCAAGCAACAGUCUGGAGGAUCAUUUUUAUCAGAUCCUGUGGAUAUCAAACAUAAAACAUUAGAUCAGUUCUUUAUGACUGACGUAGUAUCACGAGCGUCCUUAACUAUGGCAAAAUGCGUUCAAGCAGUCAUGAAACAACGACAAAAUCCGAUAUAAGCUAUCCGAUAUUGCAUUGGAUAAAAUUCUCACCUGCUAGUUAUUUGAUAUUACUGGCUAGAUAUUAUAGACACUCAGCAGCCAGUCAUAAAAGAAUUACAGAAAUGUUAAGGAAGCAUCAAGAUGUAUUUAUACAGCUCUGUAUAUUAAACUGUACUGAAAAUGGGAAUUUAUGAAUAUGUUAUCCCUGUCAGUCCUAUUAAUUGUAUAUUCAUAGUUAAAAUAAUAUUAUUUAAAA